GCACCGGGGCUAAGCUAGCGGCUACGUGUCUGUCCAUUCAUUUCGUUCAGAUCGAGAGAGGAAUGAAUGGACGCGUCGAUAGUGAGGGAGUAGAAGUCGCUGAGGCGGUAAAAACAAACAAACAAAAAAAGGUUUCCAAAUAAGAGGCAUGCCUCAUUUCUUAUAGCUCAUUCUGGAUCAGCCUGGUCAAUAUCAAAUGCACCUCAGGUGGAACACGGUGACACAAGUUGACUGCAGAGUUGGCCUGUUUAAAGAGCCCACACACACACACACACACACACACACACACACACACACACACACACACACUCACACACACACACACACACCCUCACACACACACACACACACACCGAGUUCUACAGGCCUGUUAUUCCCACCACACAAGCCGAGGUCAUGUGUCAUAUAAUGUAAUGUGAAUCGAUUGUUAACACCGGUAUUUAUGCAGGUGGUCACUGUGCACCACUUGAAAGCUGAUCCACACACAGCAGAGAUCCGGAAUGGCGGUCGGUUUCCCCCCAGUGAGCUGUCGAAGUGUAACGCAGCAUCCUUUAAAAGUCAGGUCAGCCGCCUGCCGAGGCGCGAAGUGUGCUUCACUGGCUGUUCCUCUGAGGUGGCUUAAAGCCAUAACGAGGUGGUAAUGUCCAGAGUUGCUUUUGAAGAGCUACUGCGUCUCACUGCGUGCGUGCGUGCGUGCGUGCGUGCGUGCGUGCGUGCGUGCGUGCGUGCGUGUGGUUUUGACUUGGCUGCUGUGUGUGAAAAGUGGUGUCUUCAGCUCGCUGUGUCACAGUUCCGUUGCAGUUGGGUUGACAGCCGCCGGUCAUCAUGGGGAACAUCUUCGGGAACCUACUGAAGAGCCUGAUAGGCAAGAAGGAGAUGAGGAUUCUCAUGGUGGGGCUGGACGCCGCUGGGAAGACCACCAUCCUCUACAAGCUGAAGCUGGGGGAGAUCGUCACCACCAUCCCCACCAUUGGCUUCAACGUGGAGACAGUGGAGUACAAGAACAUUAGCUUCACCGUGUGGGACGUGGGUGGCCAGGACAAGAUCCGUCCCCUGUGGAGGCACUACUUUCAGAACACCCAGGGCUUGAUCUUUGUGGUGGACAGCAACGACCGUGAGAGGGUGAACGAAGCCCGGGAGGAACUGAUGCGGAUGCUGGCUGAGGACGAGCUGCGGGAUGCCGUUCUCCUUGUCUUCGCUAACAAACAGGACCUGCCCAAUGCCAUGAACGCUGCAGAGAUCACCGACAAGCUGGGCCUGCACUCCCUGCGCCACCGCAACUGGUACAUCCAGGCCACCUGCGCCACCAGCGGUGACGGCCUCUACGAGGGCCUGGACUGGCUGGCCAAUCAGCUGAAGAACAAAAAGUGAAGGGUUCAGUCAGUAGAGUGGGGGAAGAGCCUGGGUGCCAGCUCCAGGUAGUGGUUAUAGUGAAUCCAUUGUGUUUACAUGGAGAGGCAGUGCUGGAAAGUUUCCCAGGGGGUGACUCUCAAUGGCUUCCUCCCCUCAUCGAAAUACUCCUAUUUUUAUUUCUUUACUUUGAUUCAUAUCAUUUGUUUGGAUCUGCGGUGGGCGUUUUUAAUUAUUCAGAUAACCAAUGGUGUUGACGUUCACCUUAAUGACUUGCAUUCUAUAAGCUGAAUGCAUACAUAUCGGGAUGUAAAAGUAUAAUGUUACUGUGAAGCCGUAUGUAUUCCCCCUACUUUGCAGUCUAUGGCCUUUGACCUCCUCUUACUUUGAAUUUGUUCAGAAAUGUGAUGAAUCUAGACUCAUCUAGAGCAACCGUCCGUCAGAUACUUGAUGUAACUUAAGAUUGUCAUAAUAGUAAAGUGGAAGUACUGUUAUCUCAGAAUACCGACUGAAAACAAUAUAUCAUACAGGAUAAGAUUAAUGUAGAGUUAUCCUUUACCGUCCAUACAGAAGUUUUCCCCCAUCACCAAAUUAUGCACUUCAUCAAAAAACCUAAUGUAUUCAUUUAUUUGAUUUAUUUUUUCUCACCUCAAAAUCUGCUGACAUACGGGAUAGUCUUACAGAAUUUAUAUUUUUGUUGUCGUCUUAUUUAUAUUUAUAUUUUUUGUCAACAUUUUAUUUAUUUAAUUAAAAAGAUUAUUUAUUAAAGUGCGUCAUAAAUUUCCUCUCCCUUUUAUUGCAAUGUGCAUUUACUGCUAAGGCAGCUGGUAAAAAUAAAAGCCUUCUUAUCAAUGUAUAUUACUGCUUCCCAAUUUGCAUGGAGAUCUGCCAGUAGUGGCUCGUGGGCUUGUCAGAGCCGUGAACUGCUGCAGGCCGCUGCUGUAAAUAAAGGUUUGGUCUUAGGUGACUUUGCUGGGCUUCGUGAGGGUAAAAAAAUAAUUUGUCUGGUGUCAGCUAGGGGGGAUAGAUGAAGUGAUACAGAUGAUGGAACAGCUCUGUGGCUUACAGAGAAGAAAAAAAGAUGCUGCUAUUGGCCUUCGAGUGACAGCGGAGCAUGUGAUUAGCAAUAUUAGAGAGCUUACAUGGUUUUUGAAUGUUUAUUUUUCUCAGUCGGUUUGUGCAAGCAGCUAAACUGUAUCCGUCAAAUGAACUCGCUCUGCCUGUCAUCCUGAUUCACUCGUCUCUAAUCGGCGUGACAUCAUACGUGUUUCCUGUGUUGAACCGUGUACCACAUUGCACAAAAUAACUCUAGAUGCAUUAUUGGUGUACAAAAUGUAAUGUCAGAAUUUUUUUUUCUUGUGUUUUUGGAUGGAGUGUUUAUUUAUUUAUUUUGGAUCAAAAGGCAAGUGUUGAUUUUAAUGUUGGUUUUAAUUUCUAAAUUUGCAAACUAGAUCAAACGGUCGUCUUUUUUUAGUGUCCACGAAUCACAUGAUAUCAAAAUUAACUUGAAAGAGGUUGAUAGUAAUACUGCAUCAUAAGGCAUGUUAAUACUGUACAAGAUCUGUAAUAAAAGUGAAUUAUAAUAGCCUGUUCCCUCAGACUAUUUGUUAGUUUCUAAAUUCCUGCUGCUGGUCAACGCUGUACUGAUACAUGUCAUGGAUUUAGUGUAAAGUUUACCGAACAACCUUCUAAUAUGCAAAAGCAUGCUUUUCUAUGUGAGCGCAACUGUAUAUAUGUUUAUGUAACAAGAAAAGUAUAUCAUGGUAUUCGCGUUCAAAUUGAAAGUGCUGUUGAUACACAUGUAGAUAUUGGGUUCAGUGUGUUGGCAGAUCACUGACAGCAGCUUGUGUGUGUGUGUGAGAUGUGCCCUCUAUUACUAAUUUGGUGUGAAAUAGUAUUUCGUAGCCUUAUGUUGCCAGUGAUUAAUUUCUCUUUGAUAAUGGGUUUGUAUGUAGGAAUGUCCAACACUCACCUAUGAUCUGUAACACCGAUGCACUCGCAGCACUGUUUUCCAAAGGGAACAAACCGAAAAAUGAAUUUUAUGUAACGUAGAGGAAUAUUAUCACGUGGAAGUAAUAAAAAUGAACAGUUGCAAGAAUUGCAGUCAAUAAAAAGACCAAAACACAAA